AUGACACUGGUGGUCUUCGUACAUAUAUUUCACACUGCACCAGACCCCAAUAUUCCUCUUCCCCAACCUCAGUCCCGUUCAAGCUCAAGAAGGACAAGAGCAAUUUGUCUCUCCACAGGUCCACGUAAACCCAAAGGAAGGUACACACCAUGUCUAGCAGAUCCUGACAGUGACUCGUACAGCAGCAGCCCAGAUAGCACUCCCAUGGGGAGCAUUGAAUCUCUCUCUUCUCACUCCUCCGAGCAGAACAGCACCACCAAAUGUGCACCCCCACAGCCCAGGGAGAAAUCAGGAGGGAUUCCAUGGAUUGCCUCUCCCCCUUCUUCUAAUGGCCAGAAGAGUUCAGGCCUCUGGACUACAAGUCCAGAAUCCUCAUCAAAGGAGGAUGCAACAAAAACAGAUGUGGAAUCAGACUGCCAAAGUGUAGCUUCUGUCACUGGACCAGAGAAUGCCUCUCCACCAACAGAUCUGACCAAGAAGAGUUCUUACAGUCUAUCCGAGCUGAAAAGAUCUUCAGGUUCUUCGCUCAGAUCAAUUCCAUCAGCUGAAGGUAACAAAAGCUACAGUGGAUCUAUACAGAGCUUAUCUUCAACAGAUACCAAAGAUACACCAAAGGCUCCAGCAAACCCUGAUUUGCCUCCCAAAAUGUGCAGGAGAUUAAGAUUAGAUACUGCAUCGAGUAACGGUUAUCAAAGACCAGGAUCUGUAGUGGCUGCAAGAGCCCAGUUGUUUGAAAGUGCUGGUUCACUUAAACAAGCUUCUUCAGGACGGCAAGCAAAAGCCAUGUAUUCCUGUAAGGCUGAGCAUAGUCAUGAGCUGUCUUUCCCACAGGGGGCAAUAUUUUCCAAUGUGUAUCCAUCAGUAGAACCAGGCUGGUUAAAAGCAACUUACGAAGGCAAAACAGGACUCGUUCCUGAGAAUUAUGUUGUCUUCCUCUAGUAAUCUUCAGUGGACAGCAAUAUCUUCAUGGUAUCCAUGGUAACAAAUAAUAAGCACUAUGAUUUUUAUCUGACACAGAUAUGGGAUCAGCCCGUUAGCUGAGCGUGGUAGAUUUCCUUCAGAUACUGCAGCUGCAGGUUAUAUAGCUCCCUAUCAACGGAACAGAAUGUAAUGAAACAGUUAACAGUUACUGUACUGAAGACGGUACUCUGUUUAAAUAACUUCCAUUGUUUGCAAAAGGUUGUUCUGUUCUUCUUUUAUGGGUAAGGAACACUACAGAAAUAAAAUCAAAAAAGUUGCCAUUUAGCUGCAGACCUUCAGGUUCUCGGAUGUUGCUCAGAGAAGUGUGAAAUUUAGAGGCAAUGCACUCUGUGACAUUUCUUACAAUCUGUUUCUUUUAAUAUGAAAAAUUGUGGUUUUUUUCCUAAUGUAAGUAAUGUUUCUAUUGUGAUCUGAAUGCUCCCAUAGAAAAAUCAAUUCUGAGAUUAGUCCUAAUCAUUUCAAAUAAGAAAUGAGUCUUCCAUAAAUCAGAAGUUUGAACUUGUUAGUCACUGAGAUUACAAUAUGUUAUAGAAUUUAUGUAACUGAUAAUGAAAUCAGAUUAUACACUGCCUGAGCAGUAAGUGCUCAUUCAAAAUGUGAUGUGUUUAAUGAAUGUUUCAUUCAAGUACUUCUUAGAUUUAUUUCCUCCUUUCUAUAUCAAUAUAAAUA